UGCAAAUGAAUUGGGAUUUUGAGAAACAAUUUGUUUUGAUUUCCCUAUAAAUGACUCAUUAAUUCAUACUUUUAUUAUACAUUCAAUUCAUUGAACACUCGUUUCAGUGAUUAUUCAUUGCUUUUAAUCAUAUGUGAUGUCAACCAAAGAGUGGUAACCAUUAGACCAAUUGAUUUGGACGUCAAUCAAUCAAAGUGACAGUUGAGGCGAUAAUAUCAUUGCACUCGCGGUUGGCAAGUGUUGGAAGUGGUGACCGACGAUGACUGUGGACCACAACUUGGCUCAUGACAUGCCAUCGGCGAUGAGUGACUUGAUAUCACUCAUCGAGAAUGAGAUCCCCGACGGCCGACAGAACCUCAUAGACUCCAACUCUAAUCUCGACAAAGUGGCCGAUUAUUGCGAGACCAACUACUUCCAGUCGGACAAUAAGAGGUCUGCUUUGGAGGAGACGAAGAACUACACGACCCAAUCGCUGGCAUCGGUGGCCUAUCAGGUGAACACAUUGGCCUACAAUUUGCUUCAUAUGUUGGACUUACAGACCUCACAAAUGGCUGAAAUGGAGUCCCAAAUCAAUCACAUCUCGCAGACGGUGUGCAUCCACAAGGAAAAGGUGGCGCGAAGAGAGAUCGGCAUUCUCACCAACAAUAAGACGACUGUCCGACAGCACAAGAUCUUAGUGCCGGCAAACCCGGAGCGGCCGAUCAAAUACAUACGAAAGCCAAUCGACUACUCGGUGCUCGACGACAUCGGACACGGAGUGAAAAUCACGGCAACGAAUGCCCCGCGAAGUAAGUCCCACACCAUGAAGAACGGCUCGAGCACUCUGAUGAUGAGCAGUGGGGGUCCGGCGCCCACCACCAAACCCCCGACGCCCCCACAAAUGCGAAGCGUUGGCAGUCUGUCGCGCGGCAACAAAGAGUACAGAACGCCGGCCCCACCCAUAGCGCCCCCACAGGUGCCCAGCAAUUACGCGCCCAACUAUCCCAUCGGACACCCGAAGGCUCUCGACUCGAAUAGGAGAGGAUCCGGGUAUUCGACACUUCCAUUAGGUUUGGGACAUCAGAGCGGAAUCAUAUCGAAUGUUAUGCAACAAAUGGGAGGACAGGCGACCCUUCAGUCACAUUACGGACAAUCGAUGCACGGGUCGCAGGGUAUGCCACAGUCGCAGCCCAUAGGUAUGGUGCACCCAAUUACCCAUCCGGCACACCAUCACCAUAACAGUGCUUCGGCUAACUUUGUAGUCCCGCCGUCACCAACACCACCACCUCCUCCGCCUCCUGCUCUCCAUGAAAUGCCAGUUCUCUCACCCAUUAGUGACUCAUUGCCAGACCCGCCGCCGAUGCACUUACAGCACAACCAACACAACGAUCACUUUGAGAGGCACUCCAACGCUUCUCCACCUCUUCCUCCUCCGCCACCCAUUCAUGAGGACAGCCAUCACAUGAAUCUCUAUAAUAUGGAGCAAAUUGUUCACAACACGAGUGGUUCUUAUAGGGAUCGACACCAGGACUCGGAAUGGGUUCCAAACAAUUAUUUAGAAAAAGUGAUUGCGAUCUAUGACUAUAACGCCGAUAAGGACGACGAGCUCUCAUUCUCUGAGAAUUCUGUCAUUUAUGUGAUCCGCAAGAAUGACGACGGAUGGUAUGAGGGGGUGAUGGACGGCAUUACCGGUCUAUUUCCCGGCAAUUAUGUUGAGCCAUGCAUUUGAAUCACUUAUUAUUUAAUAUAUAAUAUAUAUUUCUUUGAUUAUUUUACUUAUUUUUGUUUCACUUUAUUUUAUGAACUCUAUUAUUAGCUUUUAGGAAAUUCUUAAAUAUUUUUAUUAUUUAUUAAUCUUUUCGAAAACAUCGUUAACUUCUCU